AUGACCCCGCCAGACGACUAUCCGAGCCUGAAAGCCGCGGCCACUCACCUGGUCGAGGCAAGCAGGGAGGAGCAGCGCAAACUUGUGGAUGAGCACUGGGACGUCAUUACCGCACUCGCACGGUGGUCGCCUGAGGCGCCCGAUAAGGAGCUAUACGAGUCCAUGAGCAGGCUUAUCGAAUCGACGUGGUUCGCUAGCUUCAAAGAUCGCCAGCGCGCCGCCGAUGUAGAAACCACGGACGGUGGUGAGGGGAACACGGAGAGUGAGGCAACGACGGAAGCGACUUUGGAGUCAGACAGUCCAUGGGAUGCAAUGGACAUACCAGCACUGAUUGAGAGCGUCACGAUGGUCGCCGACUCCCUCGAGCAACUCAACAAGUACCUUGACAUCGCCCCCAACUUCAUUGACGCUGCCAACCACCUCAUCGAUCACCUUGACGCUGCCGAAGCGGCCGAGGUUGCCUUUACCCGGCCGGGAGUACGCACGGCGCACAUCGAUCCAUCCCUGAACACGCCAAUGAAAUACGGGGCGAGCCUGCACAACACCGCCCCCCUGUCCCGCAGUAGUACGCCCGCCUCCGCGUCCCUACAGGGAUGCCCCGACAUGCCUAGCCGCACGCCCAGCGUGGAAAGGACGCAGUCCGGGUCCGCCACCGGGCCUUCGUGCAGCCCUUCCCCAGCUCCGUCGAGCGUGGCGGAUGCGAAGGCGCGGUCAUUGUCGUGCGAGCGCGAGAACACGUAG